UCUCCUCCCCCUUUCCUCCUUAGCAGAUGUAACCCAAUCUCUCUGCAUCUCUUUCAGGAUUUGGAUCUCUCCUCUCUCUCUCUCAAUCAUUUCCUCCCCCAUUCCAUAUUCCCAGAGAGAGAAGAGACCUCCAAUCCCAACUAAUAAUUUAAAUAUAAUACAGAUCCAACCUUGUUUCUUCUGAUUGACGAAAUAAUACGACAACAAUGCCGUCCAUGUCCGCGGGGGAGCUGUUCCUCCCCUCCACCCCUGGCAAAUUCAAAGACAAAUCCCACCGCCAUUUCCACCGCUGCUCCUCCUCCACCAGCACCUUUUUCCUCUGGGCCCUCUUCCUCCUCGCCCUCACCGCCGCCUACCUCACCUUCCAACCCUCCGCCACCAACUACUUCACCACCGCCCCCCACUGGGAGACCCACCUCCGCUCCUCCGCCCACAUCCACCGCCCCAACGGCUUCUCCGUCCUCGUCACCGGCGCCGCCGGCUUCGUCGGCUCCCACGUCUCCCUCGCCCUCAAAAAACGCGGCGACGGCGUCGUCGGCCUCGACAACUUCAACCACUACUACGACCCCGCCCUCAAAUCCGCCCGCAAACACCUCCUCUCCUCCCACCACAUCUUCAUCGUCGACGGCGACAUCAACAACGCCAAAUUACUCGCCAAGCUCUUCGACAUCGCCAAAUUCACACACGUCAUGCACCUCGCCGCCCAGGCCGGCGUCAGGUAUGCCAUGGAGAAUCCCCACUCGUACAUCCACAGCAACAUCGCCGGCCUCGUCACGCUUCUAGAAGCUUCCAAGUCCGCUAACCCCCAACCCUCCGUCGUGUGGGCCAGCUCCAGCUCCGUCUACGGCCUCAACGAGAAAGCCCCCUUCUCCGAAUCCGACCGCACCGACAAACCCGCCUCCCUCUACGCGGCCACAAAAAAAGCCGGAGAGGAAAUCACGCACACAUACAACCACAUCUACGGCCUAUCAAUAACCGGGCUACGCUUCUUCACCGUAUACGGCCCCUGGGGGAGGCCCGACAUGGCCUACUUCUCCUUCACCCGCAACAUCCUCCAAGGUAAGCCAAUCACCGUAUACCGAGGAAAGAACCACGCUGAUUUAGCUAGAGACUUCACCUACAUCGACGACGUCGUGAAGGGGUGCAUUGGAUCGUUAGACACGGCGAAGAAGAGCACCGGGUCAGGGGGGAAGAAGCGGGGGCCGGCGCAGUUCAGGAUAUUCAAUCUCGGCAACACUUCCCCCGUGACGGUGCCGAUGAUGGUGGGGAUCUUGGAGAAGCAUUUGAAGAUUAAAGCGAAGAAAAAUGUGCUCGACAUGCCUGGAAACGGCGACGUUCCGUUCACGCACGCCAAUAUUAGCUACGCGCACAACGAGUUCGGGUACAACCCAACCACCGAUUUGCAAACGGGUCUGAAGAAGUUCGUUAAAUGGUAUUUAUCUUAUUAUGGUUACAAUCACGCCAAGUCUGGGAACUGAUUAUUUUUUUUUGAUAAACGGAAUGAAGGAGAGAAAAACAUGGGAAAUGGGUAAAAGGAAGGUAAAUACAUUCUUUUCUUAUCUUCUUCUUUUUGAGGAAUUGUGUAUGUAUUUUCUUUUUAUGUAAAAACCUCAUGUGGUUUUCAUCAAGUUGUCGGCAUCGCUGUUAUUUUUAAAUUACAGCAUUUUGAUUGGAAAAGAAUGUUAAUGUGUA